AUGCGCCGCGUGAGCUUGUCGGGGGUGCUGUGUGGCAGUGGCUGGACAUGCCCGAACUCGCUGUGCCGCAACCGGAGGCCCAGAGGCCGUUGGCAGAACUGUCCCCGGCUACCAGCCAGCCCACGCGCGAGACAACCGAGGCCACGCCCGGCAGCAUCUUUGCGGCACCUGCGGGGCAGCAGGCGCAAUGCCUCGCGGUUUGCUGUCCUCACCAACGGUGCUGAGGACCAUGGCCCAGCCAAGACGGAGGCCAAGGUGGUGAGCGUCGCAUCCAUGGCAUUGUCGAUGGCUGAUCUAGAGGAUGCUGGGGCAGAAGAAGUGGCCUGCAAGCACUUCUUCGCCCAUACCAUGCCAAUCCAGCUGCUGGAGGCUUCCGACGAUGGGCGUUGGGUGGCGUCGGUGCAGGCUGGCGAGGGCAAGAAGUCGCCCCUCCUGCGGCUCUGGAGAUGCGGGCCGCCCAAAGGCCUCGAUUGCACCACCACGCUGCCGCUGACUGCGCUGUCGUCGGUGCAAUCGGUGGCCUUUGAUGGCGCGGCACAGCACCUGGCGGUCUCGGGCCAGGACGACAACCGUGCGCGGCAGAACUUAAUGGUUUGGGACAUGAGCCGGGCGCAGGGCGGCGCGAUCAACCUCAUCGCCCAGCAGACCGGCGCGGAGACAACUUGCCUCAGGUUCUCGCCCUUUGAGGAACUGGCGCUGGUGAGUUGCGGCCCGGAGAACAUCCGCUUCUGGAAGGUGAAGGAUAAGCACAUUCCUGGCUGCUUUGUGCCCCUAGGUGCCACUGGGAGGCAAACCAACUUCACCUGCCUGGGCUUCGAGUGCCGCAAAAUGGGCCACACAAACUUCCUGAGCCCGGCUGCUGCAGAGAAGGUCAGGGUCUUCGUGGCCACCGGGGAUGGCAGAGUGGUGCAGGUGAACUACAAGAGCCGAAAGGUAUUAGCGGUGCACCAGCUCCACAACGAGGCUAUCACCUGGAUUUGCUCGAACGACGUGUUCUGCGUGACAGCUGCCGCGGACAAGCUGGUGCGAGUUUGGCCUUUGGACUUCAACUCCUUCUACCUGCACUCAUCCCACGACUCCCCGGUGGUCGGCAUAGACGUCAGCUCUGACGGCGGCAAGGUGCUCUGCAGCAGUGCGGAUGGGUCCGUGGGCGUGUUAGACGUGCGCACGCACCAGUACCAGGACAUUUUCAGGUCGCACCAGGGUUCCAUCAUCCAAGCGGCUAUCUCCGACGUCUUCAAGGAGCUUGCGACCAUCUCCAGUGGGGCGGUGAAGGUCUGGAAGCUGCCGUGUUUGCAGCAAGCGCAUGAGUUCCCGGUGGAGGACCUACCGCAGGUCAUCGACUUCCAUCCUUGUCGGCACCUGCUGGCUGUGGGCUUCCAGUCUGGGGCGGUGCGAAUCUAUGACGUGGAUACGCCUGCUCUGCUUCGGGAGCUGCGCCCUAGUGCCCUCCCGGUGCUCUCCCUAGGCUUUGCCGAAAGCGAAGGCGAAGUCACCUUGGCUGUGUGCGACGGGGGCGGCGGCGUUGCCCAGUUUGAUGAGGCCUUCGAGCAAAUCUGCGCGGCGCAAUGUCCAGCCGGCAGCGGCAAGCCUUUGGUGAACUCGUCUCCUGCGAGGCUUCUUUGGCCGGGCAGCCGGUCUGCAGCUCUCCUGAGCCUCUCAGGGCGUUCUGUGGCUGUGCUGAGCAUCGAGGGCAAGGUUUCCUCCGCGAGCUUCUCCUUGCACGGGCGCUAUGCGGUGCUCUGCGCGGACAACAAGCGAGCGCACGUCUUCGAGGCUGAGGACGGCGCCCAGGUCUUCAGCGUCUCCUGGGGGUCGAUGGCCUGCCACAUGCUCCUGGCCGACCCGUCGCUCGUGAGCCCUGGGAUGCUGCUGAUGUCAUCUGCGGAUCGGCUCCUGCGGCUGGGCCGGGUGAGUCCGGGGAAAUCGGAGCUGGAGUUGGAGCAGACCUUUGCCGCGCACGCGACUGUGCCCCAUCAGCUGCUGGUGGCUGGAGGGCGCUGCAUUUCCAUCAGCUCCUCAGAGAUGGCCUGCUGGGAUCUCACGCCGGAGGUGGCCAAAUUGUUGGAACCAGUGGUCCAGGCGCGCGGAGACUCGACCGAAAAGGCCGAGAGUUCCCCAGUCCCGGCGGCAUUGGAGGCAGCGGCAGAAUGGGCCCAGAUCCAGGCCGAAGAGACGCCUGCAGUGCCCGAAGGCUUGCUCGAGGCUGCCAUGCCAGAGCCCGCCACGGCGCCACAGCCAGCUGCAGCUGAGCCAAAGCUAGCGGAGCCAGAUGAGCCAAGUGGACCAGCUGAACCAGCGCCAUCAGCGCUGCCAGAGCCAGCCGUUCUGCCAGAGCCAGCUGCUUUGCCAGAGCCAGCCGUUCUGCCAGAGCCAGCUGCUUUGCCAGAGCCAGCCGCUUUGCCAGAGCCAGCCGGCAUGAAGCCAGAUUCCACAGCCACGUCUGAAGCGGAAGAUGUCAUCGAGGAGGGGCGAGAUGCAGAUGGGUGCCUGGAGGCGCGGGAGAUGAUUCCCGUUCCGCACCAGCCGGUGGCGCGUCGCAAAGGUCGAGGAAAAGGGCGGCAUGACCACAAGGAGGUCUCAGGAGAAGCCGAGGCACGCUGGAGCUUGGAGCUUGCAGGAGUGCAGGGAUGCCACGUCACCACCUCGCAGAGCAUCGCUUGUCAGCUGCCCUUUAGGCUGUGCUUCCUGCUGGGCAAAGAGGUUGCUUUGGAGGACUACACUGAUGACUCGAGCCAGCCAAAGCGGAGUCUUCUCCCCUCGCCUGCCUCGCCGGCAGAGGAAGAGGAAUGGGAGGCAAUCGCGGUGGACAUGGACCCCGGAGGCCGUGGUGUGGGUGCUCUCUUCAUGUCGCCGGCACGGAUGUGCCUCCGGCGCUUUGCAGACGAGCAGAUGGAACAGCUCGAGCUACCGCACUACGGAGCGAAAGCUGCGCUGCGCCUCAUGGGCAGGCAGAUGGCCAUCACUGCAGGGAGCUGUGAAGGAGGAUCCCGGGUGGACGUGUGGCGCUUCGGCGCCGGCGCCAGCAUCGGCGUCGGCGCCGGCGCCAGCCGCGGCCCGUGGGCCACGGCGGGUUUGACCGCGGAAGUGCUGGGCCUCGAGCUGCUGCGCGGCAACGAGUUCGCGGUCCUCACUCGCGCCGGGUUGACCUUCUGGCGCUGCGACGACGAGUGCGACCUGGAUACGGCGGCAGGCUUCGAGGACCUUGAUGCCACCUGUGCACGUCUUCAGUUUCAGUCGGCGGAGGUGCCAGCGGAAUGGGACCUGUCGGCCGAGUUCGUGGCCAUCGCCACAGGAGUGGCGGAAUCCGAGGAGCCAUGCCAGUUGGUCUUCGUGGCAUCCGCCGAAGGAGUGCCACACCCAGCGCAAGGCGCGCUGUGGAUCCACGAUGCCGACGACAACGUGCCGCUCUCGUUGCUUCCGCUGUCUGUGUCAGGCCGGGUCACUUGCCUCUCCUCCCAUGGGCCCAUCUUGGCCCUGGGCGCUGGGCCGGCCCUCUACACCCUGACGCCCGCGGGCGCCGGCGCCGCCGCGCGGAGUCCAGCAGUUCUAGACCUGGACGGCGACGUGUGCGCCCUGCGGCUGCUCAACGCCGAAAGCGGCGUGGUAGCCACUGCGGCCAACACCAUUUGGUAUUUCCAGCUGGACCAGGACUGCCUGGUGCCGCUGCAGAGCUUUCCACCGGCUCCGCAGCAUAUGGCCGCUGGCGUGGUGGAGGGCGUGGGCGCCUUGUGCACCAUGUCCGGGGACGGCCUGCGGCUGUGGCAGGCCCAGAAACACGAGGCCCUGGAGGUGGCUCGCCUGCCCAUCACCCCGCAGCUUGGCAACGCCCACGCCGAUGAGCCCUGCGUGGCUCUGCACGUGGCAGAGGACGCCGUCUUCUGCGGGUUCCUCGAUGGCACUGUCCUGGUCUUCGACCUGCACACCUGCAAUUUGGCGUCUCGCACUUCUGUGCCCCUCCGCCCGGGCAGCGAGAAAAACCGGUGCUGCGGAUGCUGUGAGCGCGAGGGUCUCCUUGCCAUGGAGCCGAUCACCUCUGGCGACACGACGCAUUUCCUGCUAGGCACCUCCUUCGGCAGGAUCCUGCAGGCCAAGGUGGGCUUGAACAAGGUCUUGUCCCUCGAGCCAUCUUGCUUCUCCACAUCCUCUGUGAGCAGCAUAGGCAGCAUGUCGAGGCAGGUGCAGUCAUGCACUUGCACCACCGGAAUCUUUACAGCGUCCUGGUCAGGCGAGGUGAGCAUUUGGACCCGGGACACAUCCCAAUCGCUCCAGAUGAGGUUCAACAGCUGGCGCCAGAGACUGGCGAAGCUGCCGCCGCUUCCGGCGCCUCCCAGGUGUAAAUGUGCUCUUUGCCGCGAAGUGCUGGAGUCGCCGCCAAUGGUUGCGUGUUUCCUGCCGCCCAAGUUGCUGGCAGUCACCCAGCGCAACUCCAGCAAACUGAUCCUGUACAGCUGCCAGGACGGCUCCAUUCGCUUUCAGGUUGACCUUGAGCCCGCCUUGCUGCCGGUUCAGCGGCUCAUUGCAACGCCGGGCUGCGUGGGCGCGGCGCUUUGCGUUUGUGCAAGAAACCGCCUUGCGGUUGCUCGGGUUGGGGAGACCGUGGACGUGGAGGAAGCCGGGCCGCUGCCGGGGUCUUCCUCUGCUGGAGAGGGCUCCAGGCCGAGCAUCUGCUUGAGUGGAACUUCGGUUUGGGUUCAGACGCAGGCUGCUUUGAGCAGGUGGGAGCUGCGUGCUGGCCCUGCGGGCUAGCAACGUCUCGGGG